UGUGCAGCAGGCAGCAGGUGAAGUGUUGCUUGCGGUUCAUAGGGCAACAAACAGCAGCCAGCCGCCGGGGGAACAUCAAUGGUGGCGUUAAUUCAGGGAAAGGUCUGAGAAGGACCGAUACUACGGCGUACAUGGAGAGCUGAAGGCCGAACAUGAGGCGAACCCCCUUAAUAAUGUACAUAUCUGCUGCUUUGCUAGUUAUUUUAUAUGUAUAUAGCGGAUUUUCCGAAGCAGCACCUCCUCGCAUCAAUCAAUACGAUGCGUCUACUACAAUCGCCACUUCUUCUUCUUCUUCACCUCCACGGAUUGGGAUUCUUUCUGGCGUCGCUGACCAAACAUCUAGCGUGCAAAGGCGAUCCACGGAUGCUCAAACCACUCUUUUCGCUCCAGAGAAAGCGCUGCAGACCAUGGUGUCGUCUAUGGUCUCCCAGCGCUCCGCCAAUGAUGCCUGGUCCGCGGAUAGCACUGGCCCCAUAGCCGCUGUAGACAGUAGCCAAGAGUUGGUGUGUAACUGCAGCACGGGGGCGGAGGGCAUUCUUGACCCUGACGAUUGUGACCCUAAAACAGGCCAGUGCUCAUGUGAGAUGGGCUACACGGGGCUGCAGUGUGAGGACUGUGAGGAGGGCUACUUCACCAACGGGACCAGCGGCUGCCUGCCUUGCGCCUGCGACUCCUACGGGGCUGUCAACCACCUCUGCGACAGCUCAGGGACUUGUGUGUGUAAAGCUGGAGUGUAUGGCCCCAAAUGUGACGACUGCCACCCAGGAUUUUUCCACUUCAGCAGCACGGGCUGUAGACCCUGUCAGUGCAACAACCACACCAGCAACUGUCACCCCCAGUCCGGUGUGUGUCUGAACUGUGACGGGAAUACCCAAGGGUCCAACUGUGAGGAGUGCAGACCUGGGUUCUACCGCAGUCCCAGCAGUGUCCUGACUGAAGAGUGUCUGCACUGCCCCUGCUCCAACACCUCCUCCAACGGGACCUGCCACACCGAUGCUCGUGGGUCUGCAGUGUGUGACCGCUGCCUGGCUCCGUACUCAGGCCCUCAGUGUGACCAGUGCAGUGCAGGCUUCUUCAGACAGGAUGCCCUCUGUGUACCAUGUGACUGCAGCGGCAACUACGACCCCCUGGGGCCUGCACAGAUCUGCCAUCCCCAAACAGGACAGUGUCUGGGCUGCAUAAACAACACCAUGGGACCACACUGCCAGCUCUGUGCUCCAGGAUAUGUGGGAGAUGCCAAGGCUCACAACUGCACACGACCAAAUUCCAGGCUUCUCCCGACACCAGUCCAGACCACCAGCACCAGGGAAGCACCCACCACCCCCACAAACCGUUCCACUGCUGUCUUCGCCUACACCCCUGCCCCAAAAGUGCUGCCCCCAUCCACCUCAAACUCCUCGUCCCUGAGCCCUACCACAACUCAGGCCCUGCUCACCAGCCUGGGGAGCCCCACAGACAACACCACGGCUGCACUCACUGAAGUUUCCUGGACCCAAUUCAACAUCAUCAUCCUGGCCGUCAUUAUUCUCGUGGUGCUACUCCUGCUAGGGUUCGUGGGGGGAGUCUACACCUAUCGCGAGUACCAAAAUCGCAAACUCAACGCACCAUUUUGGACCAUUGAGUUGAAGGAGGACAACAUUAGCUUUAGCAGUUAUCACGAUAGCAUCCCCAACGCGGACGUAUCAGGUUUGCUUGAAGAUGAAGCUAACGAAGUAGCGCCAAAUGGUCAACUAGCUCUUACAACGCCGGGCAACUGCUAUAAAGCUUAAUGAAGCAAAGCAAGUUGAAACAUAAACUGUACAUUAUUAUAUCACUCAAAGCUGCUGGAAAAAACUUACCAAAUCCAAGAUGGCUCCCUAAUAAAAAUCAGUCAGUGUGCAGGCUUGUUCACAACACAAACUUGAAAAGAACAUCGCAUUGUUAUUGAAAAUUCAACUGGGAAUGCUCCAAAGAGAAAGGAAGUUGCUUUGUAAGGUCACAAGAUGGAGCUAUUGUGGAGCUGUUUGCAGUUUGAGCACCUGGAAAGCUAAACGGAACCACUAUAAGGACAAGAGGAGGAGCUAAGCAUUUCACUGUUUUUUAAAAUGACUAUUUUAAGUUAUAAUUUUUAUCACUUGAAGAUGAGUGAUCUUAAGACAACAAUUGUUAUUUAAUAUUUUUUUAUUCUUAUUUAUUGGUUUUGAGUGAAAUGCUGCUCAUGUUUGUUUAUUCAUGGUGUGUUCUCUUGUCCGAAUGGGCCAAUAUGUUUCCUUGUAUAGUUUGUGUCUCUUUUUGAGAAUAUGGGGGCAAGAUGGACAUUCCUGGACUGUUUUUUGUUCGUAUAGCUUCCAAGUUAUUAUGUGAUGCCAGCUCAUUAUCAAAGAGGAGUGUUUUAUACUGUGUAAAAUACAUAUACAAUUCGGCAGUGUGAUUCAUGCAAUGCUUACAUCAACCACAAUGAUCUAAUCUGCUGCCUACCUCAGCAAACAGCAAAUGGCCACCAUGAAAGGCAUACGGACUUUGACUUGACUAAUCUGUGGAUUGAUAAGGUCCAAACAUAAACACUGCACACUGUUGUUAUGGAGCUACACACCGCUAGUUUGUGGAUUUCUAUGUUUAUUGCAUCCUUCAGGCUACAAGGUGUGGUAAAGCGAAAGUCGAUAACCUCCUCAGGUCUGGCUUUGUUCCCAAUGUGACCACUGUAAAUACUUUGGCUACUGUACAUAUGGAUGUGAAUAGCACUACUAUUAUUAUAAUUGUACAGGUAUAGAUUAAUUGUGUGUUCACUGUCAUUCAAUCCCUUCAUGUUGCUCACAGCUUUUCUAUUUUUUAUUACUAUAUUGUUUUUUUUCCUCCUCUUCUGACUUUUCCAUAAACUGUACACAAGAUUUGAAUGCACCAUGACCCAAAACGAUGAGUAAAUUGAUGUAAAUAAUAAAACUCUGAGCAUCAGAGUGCAACUCCAAUAAAGUGGGUUACAACUAG